UCGAAAUCCAAAUCUAAAAGACUAAAAAACUGACUCCCUUUUUAGUUUUUACCCUCUCUCUCUCUCUCUGCAAUCUGCAAAAUUUCCAAAAGAGUUCCAGUGGCUAUUUGCAUCGUACAAGUCACCGCCAGCGGUUCCACCACCGGAAUCACUUCACUUUUCCUGUUAAACUGCCGUAAUUUCUCAAAAUUUAAUGCAGAAAGCGCCGAUACUGGUGGCGGUUUUGCAGACAACAGAUACCUGGUUUUAUAGUUAAUGGCGCGGUAGGUUAAGCCAUGGGCUGUGUGCUCGGUACGACAUCAACUUCAGAUCGCCGGUCAAAGUCAAACAACCGCCGCCGGAAUGGAGAAGAAUCUACAACUACGACUUCUACGCAACCUAGACAAAACGUCGAGCAGGUGGCGCCGGAUGGGGCCAAGGAUGAUAAAAAAGUUGGAGCUGUGGAAACGAUCCACCAAACCGACGGCGAAGUUCGACCGUCUGACCGGCGUAGGCCGAAGCCGGAAUAUAGCCUGAAAAUUGUUCAAGGAUGGCCGUCGUGGCUCUCCGACGUCGCCGGUGACGCCAUUAAAGAUUGGAUACCUCGCCGUGCUAAUACUUUUGAGAAACUCGAUAAGAUUGGGCAAGGAACAUAUAGCAAUGUAUAUAAAGCUAGGGAUUUAAUAACAGGGAAGAUAGUAGCUUUGAAGAAAGUUAGGGUUGAUAAUUUAGACCCCGAGAAUGUGAAGUUCAUGGCAAGAGAGAUUAUCAUCUUGAAAAAGCUUAAUCAUCCAAAUAUCAUAAAGCUUGAAGGAUUGGUUACAUCUAGAAUGUCCUGCAGUCUUUACCUAGUAUUCGAAUACAUGGAACAUGAUCUCUCUGGUCUUGCUGCUGUUCAAGGUGUCAAAUUUACAGAGCCUCAGAUCAAAUGCUUCAUUAAACAAUUACUUUCUGGGCUUGAACAUUGCCAUAAGAAUGGUGUAUUACACAGAGAUAUCAAGGGAUCUAAUUUGCUAAUAGACAAUGAUGGGAUUCUCAAAAUAGCAGAUUUUGGAUUGGCUUCUUUUUAUGAUCCAAGACAUAAACAACCAAUGACUAGCCGAGUUGUUACUCUUUGGUAUCGACCCCCUGAGCUUCUUUUAGGGGCAACUUAUUAUGGUGUUGGUGUUGACCUUUGGAGUGCUGGCUGCAUUUUGGCUGAACUUCUUGCUGGAAAACCAAUAAUGCCAGGUCGCACAGAGGUUGAACAACUACACAAGAUAUUCAAGUUAUGUGGUUCACCAUCAGAGGAAUAUUGGAAGAGAUCCCGAUUACCAAAUGCCACUCUUUUUAAGCCACAACAACCAUACAAAAGAUCAACAGUAGAAACUUUUAAAGAUUUUCCACCUUCUUCUCUUCCUUUAUUGGAAAAUCUUCUUGCAAUUGAUCCCGAUAAACGUGGUUCUGCUGUUGCAUCUUUGAACAGUGAUUUUUUUAACACAGAACCUUAUGCUUGUGAGCCUUCGGAAUUACCAAAGUACCCUCCAAGCAAAGAACUGGAUGUCAAAUUGAGAGAUGAAGAAGCCAGAAGGCAAAGGGGAUUGAGUGGGAAAUCUCAUGCUGUUGAUGGGAAUAAAAAAGGAAGAACACGUGAUCGGGCAGGUCGGGCAGUUCCAGCUCCAGAAGCCAAUGCAGAGAUCCAAUCAAAUUUAGAUAGAUGGAGAGUUGUAACACAAGGAAACGCGAAAAGCAAGAGCGAGAAAUUCCCGCCACCCCACCGUGAUGCGGCGGUCGGACAUCCACUUGAUCCGUCCCAUAAUAAUAAUAACGGUCCUGUUUCUUUCAAUGGAGGUGAUGACGCGUCAUUUAGCUCAUCAAUUUUUGACUCAAAAUCUUCAAGAUCAGUGAAAGAAGUGGGGACCACUUCAAAGAAAAAACAUAGAAGGGGACGAUCACAUACAAUAUCUUCUAGUAAGUUCAUCCGUGCAUUCCUUCCGACUUCUAUGGAUCUAAGAUUCAAAACCAAAGAGGCAGUUUUUGGCAACAGAAGGUAGAUAUACAUAAGUGCCGUUUUUUUUAACUUGGUUUUUUUUUUUUAAAAAGAUGUUUCGACAUUUGUUUCAUGUUCUAUAGUUUCUUGAAUGAAAUACGAUUUGUUUUGGGGUUUAUUUUGAGUUUUAAAUGUACAAUUUUACAAAGCAGAAUUCAUUUUUUGUAUAUAGUAUGA